CUAGCAUUCCAUCCAAUCAGAGGCACUGGGGCGGGUCCCUGCCCACUGUUCAUUCAGACACGUAGGGGGUCGCAUUCCUUUCCUCACGUUUGUCCCUGCGCGGGCCGCGGUUGGUAUCCGGUCUUUCCAGCCCCGAGAGGGACCUGGUUCCUCUACCCAGGCUUCUGUCGCUCUGUCACCUACGGUAUGCCCUGCUGUAGUCACAGGAGGUGUAGAGAGGACCCCGGGACAUCUGAAAGCCAGGAAAUGGACCCAGUGGCUUUUAAGGAUGUGGCUGUGAACUUCACCCAGGAGGAGUGGGCUUUGCUGGAUAUUUCCCAGAGGAAACUCUACAGGGAAGUGAUGCUGGAAACUUUCAGGAACCUGACCUCUAUAGGAAAAAGUUGGAAAGACCAGAACAUCGAAUAUGAGUACCAAAACCCCAGAAGAAACUUCAGGAGUGUCAUAGAAAAGAAAGUCAAUGAAAUUAAAGAAGACAGUCAUUGUGGAAAAACUUUUACCCCAGUUCCAGAUGAUAGGCUGAACUUCCAGGAGAAGAAAGCUUCUCCUGAAGUAAAAUCAUGUGAAAGCUUUGUGUAUGGAGAAGUUGGCCUAGGUAACUCAUCUUUUAGUAUGAAAAUCAGAGGUGACACUGGACACAAGGCAUAUGAGUAUCGGGAAUAUGGACUAAAGCCAUGUAAGUGUCAACAACCUAAAAAAGCCUUCAGAUAUUGCCCCUCCUUUAGAACACAACAAAGGGAUCACACUGGAGAGAAACCCUAUGCUUGUAAAGAAUGUGGAAAAACUUUUAUUUCCCAUUCAAGCAUUCAAAGACACAUGGUAAUGCACAGUGGGGAUGGACCUUAUAAAUGUAAGUUUUGUGGGAAAGCUUUCCAUUGUCUCAGUUUAUAUCUUAUUCAUGAAAGGACUCAUACUGGAGAGAAACCAUAUGAAUGUAAACAAUGUGGUAAAUCCUUUAGUUAUUCUGCUACCCUUCGAAUACACGAAAGAACUCACACUGGAGAAAAGCCUUAUGAGUGUCAGGAAUGUGGGAAAGCAUUUCAUAGUCCCAGAUGCUAUCGUAGACAUGAAAGGAUUCACACGGGAGAGAAGGCUUAUCAAUGUAAGGAAUGUGGAAAAGCAUUCACAUGUCCCCAGUAUGUUCGUAUACAUGAAAGGACCCACUCUGGGAAAAAACCCUAUGAAUGUACGCAGUGUGGGAAAGCAUUAUCCUCUCUUACAAGUUUUCAAACACACAUAAGAAUGCACUCUGGAGAAAGACCUUAUGAAUGUAAGAUAUGUGGAAAAGGCUUUUGUUCUGCCAAUUCAUUUCAAAGACAUGAAAAAACUCACAGUGGAGAGAAACCCUAUAAAUGCAAGCAAUGUGGUAAAGCCUUCAUUCAUUCCACUUCCCUUCGAUAUCAUGAAAGGACUCACACUGGAGAGAAACCCUAUGAGUGUAAGCAAUGUGGGAAAGCCUUCAGAUCUUCCUCACACCUUCAAUUGCAUGGUAGGACUCACACUGGAGAGAAACCCUAUGAAUGUCAGGAAUGUGGGAAAGCCUUCAGAUCUACGAAGAACCUUCAAAGUCAUGAAAGGACACAAACACACAUAAGAAUACACUCUGGAGAAAGACCUUAUAAAUGUAAGCUAUGUGGGAAAGGCUUUUAUUGUCCCAAAUCAUUGCAAAGACAUGAAAAAACUCACACUGGAGAGAAACUCUAUGAAUGCAAUCAAUGUGAUGAAGCCUUCAGUAGUUCCAGUUCCUUUCGAUAUCAUGAAAGGACUCACACUGGAGAGAAACCCUAUAAAUGCAAGCAAUGUGGGAAAGCCUUCAGAGCUGCCUCAAUCCUUCGAAUGCAUGAAAAAUCUUACACUGGAGAGAAACCCUAUGAGUGUAAGCAAUGUGGUAAAGCCUUUGUUUCUUUCACUUCCUUUCAAUAUCAUGAAAGGACUCAGACUGGAGAGAAACCCUAUGAGUGUAAACAAUGUGGAAAAGCCUUCAGAUCUACCUCACACCUUCGAAAACAUGGUAGGACUCACACUGGAGAGAAACCCUAUGAGUGUAAGCAAUGUGGAAAAGCCUUCAGAUCUACCUCACACCUUCGAAAACAUGGCAGGACUCACACUGGAGAGAAACCCUAUGAAUGUAAGAAAUGUGGAAAAGCGUUCCAUAAUUUCUCUUCUUUGCAAAUACAUGAAAGGAUGCACAGAGGAGAGAAGCCCUGUGGAUGUAAGCAUUGUGGGAAAGCAUUCAUAUCUGCCAAGAUCCUUUGAAUACAUGCAAGAACACACAAUGGAGGGAAACCCUAUGAAUGUAAAGAAUGCAGAAAAGCAUUCAGCUUGCCUACUUCCUUUCAUAGACAUGAAAAGACUCACACUGGAAGGAAACCCUAUGAAGGCAAGCAAUGUGGCAAAGCUUUCACUUCUUCCAGUUCUUUUCAAUAUCAUGAAAGAACACACACUAGGGAGAAACCCUAUCAAUGUAAGCAAUGUGUGAAAGCCUUUAUUUCUUCCACUUCUUUUCAAUAUCAUGAAAGGACUCACAUGGGAGAGAAACCCUAUGAGUGUAUGCCAUGUGGGAAAGCCUUCAUUUAUUCUAGUUGCCUUUGAUAUAAUGAAAGGACUCACACUGGAGAGAAGCCCUGUGAAUGUAAGCAAUGUGGGAAAGCCUUCAGAUCAGCCUCACACCUUCAAAUAUAUGGAAGGACUCACUGGAGAGAAACCCUAUGAAUGUAAGUAGUGUGGGAAAGCAUUCAGACCUGACAAGAUUCUUUGAAUACAGAUAAUGAAUGUAAACAAUUAACUGUUUAUAAUAACUGUAUACUAACAAAUGUUAUUUUUAAAUAAUUAAGAAGCUAUAAUAGUAAGGCCAGGUGCCAUGGCUCACACCUGUAAUCCCACCACUUUGGGCAAGGUGGGCAGAUCACAAAGUCAGGAGAUCGAGACCAUCCUGGCUAACAUGGUGAAACCCCGUCUCUACUAAAAAUACAAAAAAUUAGCCAGGCGUGGUGGUAGGCACCUGUAGUCCCAGCUACUCGGGAGGCUGAGGCAGGAGAAUAGCAUGAACCCAGGAGGCGGAGCUUGCAGUGAGCCAAGAUUGCACCACUGCACUCCAGUCUGGGUGACAGAGCGAGACUCCGUUUCAAAAAAAAAGCUAUAAUAAAAUAUCCCAUUGGUGUCAUGUAGUAGAUCAACCUUAUACUGUUAAAUUGUUAUUAUUUGGACAUUUUGAAUCAGUAUAACCAAGUGGAUAAAAUGCCAGGCAUCUUUUUUUGGGGAAAUUUUACUUUUCAUGCUUAUGUACUUAAAAUUUUAUCUCAACGCUAAUUUUUCUUAUUUUUUUUUUUUCCAGAAAAAAACUCACUCUGUCACCCAGGCUGGAGUGCAGUGGCAUGAUCUCGGGUCGCUGCAACUUCUGCCUCCAGGAUUCAAGCAAUUCUCCUGCUUCAGCCUCCUGAGUAGCUGGGACUACAGGCAUGCGCCACCACGCCAGGCUAAUUUUUUGUAUUUUUUAGUAGAGACAGGGUUUCACCAUAUUGGCCAGGCUGGUCUGGAACUCCAGACCUCAUGAUUUCGCCCACCUCGGCCUCCCAAAAUGCUGGGAUUACAGACAUGAGCCAUCAUGCCCAGCCGCAACCCUAAUUUUUCAUUCAGUCAUAAUACCAAUAGUUACCUCAUGUACCUCUGAGUGCCUUCUUCCCAAAAACCAGCAGUGCCAUACCUGCCGUCAGCAAGUGUGUAAUAUACCAUAGUGAUAAAUAUGACCAAAAGCCAUAAAUGACUGUGAGAUGUAUGAGAAUUACAAGUCACAUUAGUAAGAAGAGAAAAAUUUUGGUCAUGUUCAUGAUUUGAAAUAUGUUUUCCUCUAUCACAUUUAGAAAUAUAGUUACAAAAUGCCCUUGUUUUUGUCCUGAUUCAUCAUGGUCACUGAGGAGCAUCGUCUCAUAUGCCUAGUAUGUGACACGUGUCUCUCCAACAAUAAAAGACUUGGCCUUGGCUGGGCAUGGUGGCUCACGCCUGUAAUCCCAGGACUUUGGGAGGCCGAGGUCAGGAGUUAGAGACCAUUCUGACCAAUAUGAUCAAACCCCAUCUCUACUAAAAAUACAAAAAUUAGCAGGGUGUGGUGGCAUGCUCCUGUAGUCCUAGCUAUUCAGGAGGCUGACACAGGAGAAUCGCGUGAAUAUGGGAGGCAGAGGUUGCAGUGAGCCGAGGUCACACCAUUCACUCCAGCCUGGGCAACAAGAGCGAAACUCCGUUUCAAAAAAACAAAAAAGGACUUGGCCUUGUGGUGACUUGGCCUUGUGGUGACUUGGCCUUGUGGUGAGGGGAGGUAAUCUGUAGACUCCUGGACCUGUUUUUGCCUUACUUAUUCUCUAAAGACUGAAAUAUUUCCUAAAAUGUACAGGCACUGUUUACCAGAAAGUACCUUAGUUAAAACAUAAAAUCGUUUAUGCCUUAUAAAGCUAUAUUUUUUCAAAUUGCUUUACUGAGUCAUAGGAGGCUAAUAAAUUUGUGUAAAUUGUCUAAAUACAAGCUGUCUUUCUCUGAUAACGUGCUGUUGAUGCUAACUUGUCAACAGCCUGCUUAUCUCAGCAGUGUAAAGUUAACAGCAACAUGGAAAAGUUUCUUUUAUAUGUUAUGCAACGGCAUAGAACAAUUCAGUCACUUCCUUUAAGGUACCAAUGAAGCUGCUCUUCAGAAACGCUUAUUUAAAACUCCCUAAGGUCAAAAUCCAGGCACCACAGGAUGCAGCAUCAGCCACUGACCAAACCCUGUCUGUAUUGGAGGUGACAUACCCAGUCCCAGAUAAUGUAUCCACAUCAGUGAAGGGUGGAGUCAUUGAUUGUCAGAUCACACAAAGUAACUCAGAGCAGGAAAGACAGGGCAGUGAAACCUGGCCAGGCACAGUGGCUCACACCUGUAAUCCCAGCACUUUGCUAGUCCAAAGCGGGUGGAUCACUUGAGGUCAGGGGUUCAAGACAAGCCUGGCCAACAUGGUGAAACCCCGUUUCUACUAAAAAUACAAAAAUUAGCUGGGCAUCGUGCUGUGUGCCUGUAAUCCCAGCUAAUCAGGAUGCUGAGACAGGAGAAUGGCUUGAGCCUGGAGACAGAGGUUACAGUGAACUGAGAUCAACUUAUUGCACUCUCCAGCCUAGUCGAGACAGCGAGACUGUCUCAAGAAAAAAAAAAGAGUUGGGUGCACCUGAAUUCAACCCCUACCUCAUCCUUCUCCCUUGAAGGCCAAAUACACCCUGAUACUCUUCACCAAAGAGUAGAAACAACACCAUUCACUUGAUCCCAAAUGUAACUUUCCACAGGAUGCAAGCACAGUGUUGGAAUGGCCAAUGACAGUGAUAAUGAAAGUGCAGGCUGAGGGUGAUGAACAGGACACACUGGAGAGCCUGACAUUGGCCUAGACUAUGGGGGUGUCUUGAUGCUUCACAAAGAGCCAAAGGAGCACCCCAGAGAGGACACUGGAGCACAGGCCCAAAGGGUGUUCAUUGUAGGGUCCAGCCCCACAGGGUCGGUAGGUCUCUCCCUGUGUGCGGCGACGAGAGAGCGUAGAAAUAAAGACACAAGACAAAGAGAUAAAAGAAAAGGCAGCUGGGCCCGGGGGACCACUACCACAAGUCGCAGAGACCGGUAGUGGCCCCGAAUGUCUGGCUUCGCUGUUAUUUAUUGUAUACAAAGCAAAAGGGGCAGGGUAAAGAAUGAGCCUUCUCCAAUGAUAGGUAAGCUCACAUGGGUCACGUGUCCACUGGACAGGGGACCCUUCCCUGCCUGGCAGCUGAGGCAGAGAGAGAGAGAAGACAAAGAGAAAGACAGCUUAUGCCAUUAUUUCUACAUAUCAGAGACUUUUAGUACUUUCACUAAUUUACUACUGCUAGCUAGAAAGCAGAGCCAGGUGUACAGGAUGGAACAUGAAGGUGGACUAAGAGCGUGACCACUGAAGCACAGCAUCACAGGGAGACGGUUAGGCCUCCGGAUAACUGCGGGCGAGCCUGACUGGUGUCAGGCCCUCCACAAGAGGUGGAGGAGCAGAGUCUUCUCUAAACUCCCCCGGGGAAAAGGUGACUCCCUUUCCUGGUCUGCUAAGUAGCGGGUGUUGUUCCUUGACACCUUUUUGCUACCGCUAGACCACGGUCUGCCUGGCAACGGGCAUCUUCCCAGAUGCUGGCGUCACCGCUAGACCAAGGAGCCCUCUGGUGGCCCUGUCUGGGCAUAACAGAAGGCACUCCUGUCUUCUGGUCACACCUCACUAUGUCCCCUCAGCUCCUAUCUCUGUAUGGCCUGGUUUUUCCUAGGUUAUGAUUAUAGAGCAGGGAUUAUUAUAAUAUUGGGAUAAAGAGUAAUUACUACCAACUAAUGAUUAAUGAUAUUCAUAUAUAAUCAUAUCUAAGAUCUAUAUCUGGUAUGACUAUUCUUGUUUUAUAUUUUAUUAUACUGGAACAGCUCGUGUCCUCAGUCUCUUGCCUCGGCACCUGGGUGGCUUGCCGCCCACAGUUCAUAUGCCAGAAAGGCCACUAAUUUUGGAAGUCAGUGACAUUGGUGCCUGUUUGAGUCCUGAUCCUACAAAGAGUGAUCAUUGAAAGCUCACACACCAGGUGGGAUAGCUCACGCCUGUAAUCCCAGCACUUUGGGAGGCUGAGGUGGGUGGAUCAUCUGAGGUUGGGAGUUUGAGACCAACCAGGCCAACAUGACAAAACUCCAUCUCUACUAAAAAUACAAAAAGUAGCCAGGUGUAUUGGCUCACGCCUGUAAUCCCAGCCAAUCGGGAGGCUGAGGCACGAGAACAGCUUAAACUCGCAAGGCAGAGGUUGCAGUGUGCUGAGAUCGCACCAUUGCACUUCAGCCUGGGUGACAGAGUGAGACUCUGUCUCCAAAAAGGAAAAAAAGCUCACUUGGUUUUUCCCAUGGUGCCCCCACUGCAGGUGUACCAGAUACUCACAUUGACCAUGGGAGGAGCCCUUUAUACUGAGAGAACCUCAGAGCCCUGGAAAGCUAGGGAUCCACAGGCGGAUGCAGUAGUCAGUGAUGCCCUCCAGAAGUGAUAGUUUUUGUCAUGGGGCUUUUUCUAGAUAUACUAGUGAAACAAAUGUGGGUGUAGGUAAGAAAUAACUUUUAAUUCUAGACCUUGAAGUCAGCUUGCCAUUAAAACAGUUCAUAACAAAAAAGUCUAGGUACUGAACUUGUAAGUAAAAAUAAAAAUAUUAAAUAAAUAUUUAAUAAGAUAUUAAAUAAAUACAUAAAAUAUGCUUGUAUAUAGGCUUAGAAGGGGUCAGUCAAAAAUUCAGGGGCCGCUGGGCAGAUUGGCUCAUGCCUGUAAUCCCAGCACUUUGGGAGGCUGAGAUGGGCAGAUCACUUGAGGUCAGGAGUUCAAGACCACCCUGGCCAGCAUGGCGAAACACUAUCUCUAUGAAAAAUAUAAAAAUUAGCUGGGUGUGGUGGCACACACCUGUAACACCAGCUACUCCAGAGACGGAGGCAUGAGAAUCACUUGAACCAGGGAGGCGGAGGUUGCAGUGAGCCAAGAUCGUGCUACUGCACUCCAGCCUGGGCUACAGAACAAGACUGUCUCAAAAAAAAACAAGUUCAGGAACCUGGAGGAAGGAGAGAAACUGAAGCAUGCUUUGGUUAAUAGAUAUUUCAUUUUGACUGAUCACUAAAGAGAAAACUAUUCACCUAAUGGUUUGUGAGGUAAAUACUGGAAUAUCUAGUGUGUAUCUGGUUUGUCAUAGGUAACAAACAUAGCACCAUCUAAGUCAUCAUGGGAAGCUUGUUUCAUUGUAGUAAGGUGCUCUUUCACAACACAAAGGAUGGGGGAUUUAUUGAAUCACAGCCAUUUUCAGGAUUGCCCACCCACCCCCAUCUCCUUUCCACACCCCUUACUCUUUUUCUAUCCAUGUCUUUGAUUUGACUGGUCCUGAGUUGUAUCCUUCAUAGUAAGUGGGUAAAUGUAAGUGAACUGUGGGUAGUUCUAUCAAAUUAUGGAACUUGAGGAGGCUGUUGUACAGGACCCAGAUCUAGAUACGGUUGCUGAGAAGUACAUGUGGCCCCUGGGGCUUUGACUUGCAUCUGCCAAGUGGGGCUGUGUUGGGUGAGCCAGGAACUUGUGGAGUCUCUGCUAACUCUGGGUGGUUUCUGAAUUGCAUGGUUCCAUAACUGCUUAGUGCUGGAGAAUUGGUUGGUGUUCAGCAAGCACCACACAUUUGAUGUCAGACAAAAAGACAGCAUAGGUCAGAAUCUUCCACUAACAGUGAGAGAAGUGGUCUUUGCUGGGCAUUGAGACCCUGGUGGAAGGACUGUGUCCACACUGUGGGGAGGGGCCAGCAGGGUGUGUGUGGAAGUCCCAGAAGUAAUUUUCUGGCUGCUCACAUUUCCUUCACACAUUACCUAGGAGUAGGCCAGCCUGGCCUGUGUCUCCACGGUCCAAGUGUUUCCUAAGCUUGAAAAUGUAUAACUAUUGGAGUGUGGGUUUCCUUGCGAGCUGUGGGUGAGGCAGGCUGCCUACCUGAGCUGCCUCCCUUUUGUUUUUUUACAGAAUCUUGCUGCCAUGGAAUUGCUCUUUCCCCAUGCAUCUGAGAAUUUAUUUGUUUGUUUGUUUGUUUGUUUAUUUUUCAGAUAGAAUCUCACUCUGUGGCCGAGGCUAGAUCAGUGGCGCGAUCUCGGCUCACUGCAACUUGCCUCCCAGAUUCUCCUGGCUCAGCCUCCUGGGUAGCUGGGACUACUGGCACAUGCCACCACACCCUGCUUUUUUUUUUUGUAUUUUUAGUUACGUAGUUUUCACCAUGUUGACUAGGGUGGUCUCAAAGUACUGACUUCAAGUGAUCCACCUGCCUCAGCCUCCCAAAGUUCUGGGAUUACAGGCAUGAACUACUGCACCUGGCCGCAUCUAAGAAUUUUAUUCUGUGAUUUGGGUGUUAGGAUUUUAAUUAGCUGGUUGGAACCUUAGUGAGCAGUUUGAUAAUGUUUGAAGAAGGAAAUCGAGUUCUUGAAAUAAGCUGUUUUAUGCCAAGUCAAAAUAAUAAAAAUAUAAAUACUCAGACACAUACCACCCCAAAAAAUAAAUAGGCCUUGGACAGUU